GGUUAUGUAUGUUAUGUUUAUCCACGAUUAGUGGGAAUUCUAUUAGAUUUUCGCUAAUAUUCGCAAUGUAAAACGUCGUGUCGCACGUAUUAGACCGUAAUAUGGAAAAGGCGAGCCCGAAAAAUGAGAAAAAACAACAAUCGAACGGUGUCGAGCCAGAAAAACUUCAUAAGCACGAAAUGAAUCAUAUCGUCGAAAGAAACCCCCAAGGAAAAACGGGGCUGUUGAGCGUUAGGGCUUUUGUGUUUCUCUUAUUAUGGUAUUUUUUUAGUGGCUGCACCCUGUUUUUAAAUAAAUAUAUAUUGACCACUUUAAAUGGCAACCCAACAGUAUUAGGUGCAUCCCAGAUGUUGAUGACGGCGACUUGUGGAUUUAUUCAGUUGUAUUUUCCAUGUGGAAUGUAUAAACCAUCACCAAGACUAAACAAACCACCCGGUUUUUACAGGCAUAUGAUCCUAGUUGGUAGCUUUAGGUUUUCUACAGUAGUCUUAGGCUUGGUCGCUCUCAAUUAUGUGGCUGUGAGUUUCACUGAAACCAUUAAAAGCUCCGCUCCAUUAUUCACUGUCUUAAUUUCAAGAUUUUUGUUAGGGGAGCAAACUGGCUUUUAUGUUAACUUAAGCCUUUUGCCAGUUAUGUCUGGGCUAGCCCUGUGCUCUGUGAAUGAAAUCAGCUUUGAUAUAGUGGGCUUCCUAGCAGCUAUGGCUACCAACGUCACAGAGUGUGUACAAAAUGUAUACUCUAAAAUGCUGAUAUCGGGUGAUAAGUUUAAAUACACACCUGCAGAACUUCAAUUCUACACCAGUGUAGCUAGCAUAGUAGUCCAAAUACCAGCUACUCUACUUAUGGUAGAUCUGACCCUUUCAUACUUCAGCAUCAAAUUAAUAAGUUUCUUUAUACUAAACGGGAUCCUUUUCCACUUUCAAAGCAUUACGGCUUAUGUGCUGAUGGACUUUAUUAGCCCCGUAACGCACAGUGUUGCAAAUACUGCCAAAAGAGCCUUUCUUAUUUGGCUCUCGAUUUUUAUGUUCGGCAACCCAGUUACAACUCUAAGCGGGUUAGGUACUGUGACUGUUAUAAUGGGAGUUUUGCUCUAUAUAAAGGCCCAACAGUAUGAUGAAAAGUUGAUGAGCAGUGCCAAUUUGUUGCAGAGGAAAGUGAGGGCUAUUUGAUCAAGGGGUCUUCUCAGUGAGUGUGAAAUGAAUGUGUAAGGAAUUGAAUUGUUUUGGGCAUGAUUUUAUUUUAUCCAUAAAAAAAGGUGCAAUUUUUGCAUCGUUAUUGUGAUAUAUAUUUUUUUUUAAAUUAGUAAUUUAUUUGUUGUAGUAUAGUAAACUUUGACCAUUCCAUCUAUAGCCCUUAAAAAUACAUUAUUGUACAAAUACCAAUUAAACGUUAGUUUUUAUAUUAAAAGUUGAAAAUAAACCAGAAAACAAAUAA